AUGGAUUUUUCAUCAACGGCCAUUACGUUGGAGGAAAAGUUCAAGAGCACAUCACACUCCUGUGGAUCCAAACUCUCCGUCGCCGCUGGCAGUAGAGUCCAAAUCAAGAAGCUCAACGACUUCCGGAGUCAUAAACCUCUCAAUACCCCAUCGAUCACGCCGACCCCAAACCAGGCAUUGCAGAACAAGAGGGCCUUCGCAAAGAGGCCAUUUGACACAGCUACCAGCAGCAGUAGCAGCAUGAAUGACGAAGAGAUUGGCGAGAAGGAUUCCAAGGAUCUCCUCACCAACCUCUUCCAUUCUUUACUAAAUAAUGGAGGAGAAGAAUCUUCUUACAAUCAUGUCAUGGAACUCAGCCGGUGGGUGGUGCUGGGAUCCAUCAUUGGGUUUGUCGGUGCAGUUCUUGGCAGCAUUGGUGGCGUUGGAGGAGGAGGGAUCUUUGUGCCAAUGCUCCCCUUGAUCAUUGGAUUUGACCCCAAGACAUCAACAGCCAUUUCCAAGUGCAUGAUCAUGGGCGCUGCAGGAACAACAGUAUACUACAACCUGAGACUGAGGCACCCAACCAUGGACUUACCAAUCAGUGACUAUGAUCUAGCACAGUUGUUUCAGCCCAUGAUUAUGUUGGGCAUCAGCAUUGGAGUUGCUUUGAAUAUAAUCUUUCCAGAUUGGAUGCUCACUGUCUUCCUCAUCAUCCACUUCCUAGGAAGCUACAAAUCUCUAGGCCUCACAAAGAAAUGGUGCAGAACUGGAAUACAAGGCACUCCCUGGGGCUCUCCUGCUAAUCCACAAUGUAGAACUUCAUCAGAUGAUGAGCUACUUAUAAAGGAUAACAUCUACUGGAAGGAAUUAACAGUUCUUUCAUCCGUAUGGGCAGCAUUUGUGGCAGUCCAGAUAGUCAAGACAUACACCACACAGUGCUCCACAGAGUAUUGGGUUCUAAACAUCAUGCAGACAAUGAACUGGACAAUGAUGCUACUUCUGAUUGCAUCAAUUUCAGAUUCAUGA